UCCGCCUUGCUAAAAGUAAACCUAAUUUCCAAAUUAAGUUUCAGAAACAAAUUCCUUAAUCAAAAAGAAAAGUUUCAGGAACAGAGGUCAUUCUCUCUCGCAGCCAUUGACAUAUGGUGUCUAGUUUCCGUGAACUGGACUAGCAAGUGAAGCUGGGAGAAAGGAGGGAUGGGAACGAGAACCAAUUUUUAUAAGAAUUCCUCGCUUUGUUACAGAAAAGAUGUCAGUCUCUCAUCUGUGCUUCAAAACCUGAGAGCGUACAACAUUGCCACUGGAAAUGCUCCUCCAGCCGAGCAACAACCACCUCCUGCUGCCGAGCAUCAGCCCAGCCCAAAACGACGCCGCGUGUCCAAACCACCGGCAAACGGCAGCCAUGUAAUGGAAGAGGAUGAUGGGCCUAUGUCCCAUCAAGAUUAUAUCAACAAAAGAAGAAAAGAAUUGAGUUCGUCUCAGGCGUAUGAGGAAUUACCUGUUGAUGUUUUGGAAGCCCCCACUGCGGGUAUAAAGUUAGUAGGUUAUGAAAGUGAUCGAAGCGCUUCUUCAGAAAGUAAAGAAGAGGAGGAUUCUCUAGAUUAUGCAGAGCAAGUUAAGAGUAGGGAUGAGCAACGUUUCCCUGUUCCAGGAGAACCUGUUUGUGUAAUUUGUGGUAAAUAUGGAGAAUAUAUUUGCAAUGAGACUGAUGAUGAUAUCUGCAGCCUGGACUGCAAAGCUGAGCUUUUGAAAAGUCUUGAACCCACCAAGCCCCCCUUGGGAAAGCUUCAUUCAGAUACCGCUUCCUCUGGACUCAAGCGCGCCUUACCAAUGUCUGAACUUGAUGAGGACACUUGUAAUUAUAACAGCCAUUAUUUGUCCUUGGAAGGAUCUAGUCUUUGUAGUUAUAAAUGUUGGAAAUGUAAUAGGCCUGGCCACCUUGCUGAAGACUGUCUUGUAAUGACAUCUAAUCAGGUGAUUGUGGAGCAGAAUCAGGGCAGUUCUAUAUCCAGUGAUCUUCGUGGACUGUACAGAAGGUGCCAUCAGAUGGGAAAAAACCUAUCAGGUGCAACUUGCAAUACAUGCCGCAGCUCAAUAAGUUUGGCCACAUGCCUUGAUUGUAAUGUUGUACUUUGUGACGAUGCAGGUCAUUUGAAUGAGCAUAUUAGGGUGCAACCAUUACAUCAGCAAUAUUACUCACACAAACUCAAACGGCUGGUGAAAUGCUGUAAAUCAACUUGCAAGGUCACAGACAUGAAGGAUCUUUUGGUUUGCCAACACUGUUUCAAUAAAGCUUUUGACAAGUUUUAUGAUAUGUAUACUGCAACAUGGAAAGGAGCUGGAAGUAAAAUCAUCUGGGGAUCAAUUUGCUGUGAAGACCAUUUUACUUGGCACAGGAUGAAUUGUUUGAAUGGGGAUGCAGAAGACAGUGCGUAUAUUAUUCCUAGAAAUAACAAGAGAGACAAGAACCUUCAGCUCAGCGACUUUAUUUUUUGACGGUUCCUAAAUUGGAUCUCGUAGGUCAAUACUACCUUAUUGACAUUCAUUUUAAGUUCUGAUACUACCUUAGCACAAUUGUCGAUAAGAUGUCUUUGCCCCCAACAUUUAAAGUUGUGUGUAGGUAGAUUGUGCUAUUUCCAGACUCAGUAUCUUGCACUAGUCGAUUUUAAAAUUAUUUAUUAAGGUGAGAGAGUCCAAAUUCAUAUAAA